GGCGGUGGUGGGUGAGGCUCAAGCGUGUCCUGUCAGGCCUCUCAACAUAUUAGAGUCAAUGUGACCUACCCAAUUUCUUCUGCAGUCACAGGCUUGAAAUAAAAUUGGAUGGUUACCAGUAGAAGACAGCCAGCUGAGAAACGCACGAUUCCAAGUCUAUGAAGGCCAGUUACGUUUGGAGCAAGGUAUUUGAAGACUGUUAUCAAAUGCUGCUUCAAUAUUCUCUUUUCCAGACAAAAUGAUCCUCGUUCUUUCAGCCUUUCCUUGUUGUGAUUUGAAUUUUGGAUGAAGCUAUAUAUCUAACUGGACGUCAUGAGCAGAAGCAAGCGUGACAACAAUUUCUACAGUGUAGAAAUUGGAGAUUCUACCUUCACUGUACUGAAACGAUAUCAGAAUUUAAAGCCUAUCGGAUCAGGAGCACAAGGAAUAGUGUGUGCAGCUUAUGAUGCCAUCCUUGAGCGAAAUGUGGCAAUCAAGAAGCUAAGCCGGCCAUUUCAGAAUCAAACUCAUGCCAAACGAGCCUACAGAGAGCUUGUUCUCAUGAAAUGUGUUAAUCACAAAAAUAUAAUUGGCCUCCUGAAUGUUUUCACCCCACAGAAAUCCCUGGAAGAAUUUCAAGAUGUUUACAUAGUGAUGGAGCUUAUGGAUGCAAAUCUCUGCCAAGUGAUUCAGAUGGAACUAGACCAUGAACGAAUGUCGUACCUUCUCUAUCAGAUGCUGUGUGGUAUCAAACAUCUUCACUCUGCUGGAAUUAUACAUAGGGAUUUAAAGCCCAGUAAUAUAGUAGUAAAAUCAGACUGCACUUUGAAGAUUCUUGACUUUGGACUGGCCAGAACCGCAGGAACUAGUUUUAUGAUGACGCCUUAUGUAGUGACUCGUUACUACAGAGCGCCAGAAGUCAUCCUAGGGAUGGGAUACAAAGAAAACGUUGACAUUUGGUCAGUUGGGUGCAUCAUGGGAGAAAUGAUCAAAGGUGGUGUUUUAUUUCCUGGUACAGAUCAUAUUGAUCAGUGGAAUAAAGUUAUUGAGCAGCUAGGAACACCAUGUCCUGAAUUCAUGAAGAAAUUGCAACCAACAGUACGGACUUAUGUGGAGAACAGACCUAAAUAUGCUGGAUAUAGUUUUGAGAAACUCUUCCCAGAUGUGCUUUUUCCAGCUGACUCUGAGCACAACAAACUUAAAGCCAGUCAAGCAAGAGAUUUGUUAUCAAAAAUGCUGGUUAUAGAUGCUUCUAAAAGAAUCUCAGUGGAUGAAGCCCUGCAGCACCCAUACAUCAAUGUCUGGUAUGAUCCAUCAGAAGCGGAAGCACCUCCGCCGAAGAUACCAGAUAAGCAAUUAGAUGAAAGAGAGCACACAAUAGAAGAAUGGAAAGAGUUAAUAUACAAGGAAGUCAUGGACUUGGAGGAAAGAACCAAGAAUGGUGUUAUACGUGGACAGCCAGCCCCUUUAGGUGCAGCAAUGAUCAAUGGCUCUCAGCAUCCAUCUUCAUCAUCAUCUGUCAAUGAUGUGUCUUCAAUGUCAACAGAUCCAACAUUGGCCUCUGAUACAGACAGCAGUCUAGAAACAUCAGCUGGACCUCUGGGUUGCUGUAGAUGACUACUUGGGGUUUUUUUGUGGGGAGGGAUGAGAGAGGGAACCUCUUAGUCAUUGACAGGACACCUUUAAAAAUCAGUGGUAUUAUUUUGAGUGUUUUUAAAAAAAUAUUGUAGGAUUCAUUUGAAAGUGCUGUAAUUUUAAACUAAGUUGUGUUAAAAGCAGCCGCACGAUGUAUUUUUUGCUGUAAGUAACUCUGUAAAAUAUUAAAUCCGAUAAUUUUUAUCAUUUAAAAAAUCUGCAUAUUUGCUUUACUAUUA